AUGCCUCAAUCACUCGUGCCUUAUACGAGUUCCAUGCGCAUGGGUAUGGGCUUUAACUCCUAUACCCAUAAGCUCUGUGUGGAAGGCGUUGGCUGCCGCGACGAUGACCAACACACGGUCGAAAAGUCGCUAAACUCGGUCACUUACUCGUCCAGAGUUAUCGAGAGAAUUUCCGACAUCGCAACGGCUAUGGAUAUUUCACUUAGCCACACUAUGAUCCAAGGGUCUCUCAAUCGUGAUGGGAGCGGAACCUUCAUCGACGAAGAGAAGAUCAUAGCUGCUGAUGUCAAUGUUCUUGUCUCCGUCAAGGUCAUGUCUCGAAGUUUCACAACUUCAGCUCCUAGUGAUUUCCAGAGCAUUCAUGAUUUCGAUCCUAGAAUGGACGUAUUCCAUGACGCUUUCGGGGACUCUUUCAUCUCUGGCUUUGUCGAAGGUGGCUACUUUGUCGGUAUUAUUUCUAUCCGCUGUCUUGACGGCAGCGACAGGGAUAGUGUCAUACAAGCUAUUGGAAAGAUUGCACAGACCAAGACCGAUCCAAGCGACCUGAACGAGACAACCCGCUCGCGCUUUUUCAACAGUGCUCUUCGAAACACAGAGACUACUAUCUCGGUCCGAUAUCACGGUGGAGGGUCGAUGGAGGGUAUCGGCCGCCCUUGGGACAUCAAUGCCGUGUAUCAAGCAGCUGCUGCAUUCCCGGCCCUGGUUGCCAAGGAUCCGCAGUACACCUGGGCUAUUCUGACCAAAUUCAAUGCAUCCCGAAGCUGGAACGAGCGUAUGUGUCUGCCCAGGGAACCAGGCAGCAGGUUCAAAGACUACUAUCCUGUCAUGCGCUACACAGCAACCCUUUUCGACAACUUCAUGAAGUAUAAGGGUCUUGUCGCAAAGGUUCAAGACAUUCUUUCCCACGGAGAUCAAUACACUUCAACAUCCAAGCCCAAUUCCAUCGAACUUGAUGUCGCUAAGCUCGUAGAAGUGCGCGCCGCCCUUCAGAAUGAGAUGGACAAAAUUGCAUCAGUGGUCAACAUACUAGUAAAAACACCCGAGAUUCUGUCUCAAGUUGACAGCUUUGCCAAAACAACGGAGAAUGAAUUAGUUCAGAGACUGCUUUACGCAACUCGUUUGUCUUCGUCCAGGUUCAAAGAUCUCUCGGGUUUGUAUGGAGAUGAGCCAUGUCGCACUCCGACCGGUCAUUCAUCAGAUACGUCCACCGCAGACUUCCAGGACAUCCUCACACCGGUCACGAACGAUCUAGACUCUGUGGUGAAUAAUGAGAUCUACCACGAAGAAAGCACAACGCCUGUACCAAUUCACUCUUUUGAGACAAAGAUGAAGUCGCUUAUUGCACCCGAAUUAUGGGAAGUACUUUUGCCUACUCGCAAACCAUCACUGGCAACUCAAAAUCAAGCAAAAGAUGAUCUUAAAAUUAUUGCAGCAGUAUGUGGGUUUCACGACGUUAAAUCCGCGCUGCAAGCGCUUGUCGUGAAUGGCGAGAUGGCAAUCGCGAUGGACGCAAUCAAAGCCUCGGUAAACGGCGAGAUAUACAAGAGAGAGAUGCCUCUCCUCGGCUGGAAUUUGUCUUUCAUCUACCAGUAUGGCGACGGACCAAUGCGCAUCUGUUCAUCCAACUACGACGAGAAGUCGAGCGGAUUCAUCAACAUUAGCAAAUCAUCGAAUCAUCCGAUUGUUACCCCCCGCAAGAGCAUUCUCGGAAAGUACCACAUUAUCACUGCUAUUUAUGGCGGGUUCCUAUGUUCCGAAGAUCAAAUCAAAUCGGUCGAGAAGGAACUAGAACAUAAUCAUGGCUGCAAGUACGAUAUUCCACACGGGUAUUGUAUCGUUUUCAACGAUGAAUUAAUUGGAGCCAACCCCUGGCACGGCGUCACUAAGACCGGUGUUGUUUUCUUCACCAUGUCGAAUGACAGCCGUAUUUAUACUGAAGUCGGCAUUGAAAAUCAGUGUUUCCAUCUGCAAGAGAACUACAGAACCAUCAUUGCACAGCAAGCUAAGGAUUGCUAG